CGGCUGCGCAGAUCUACCCACGAGCAGCCUGCAUCAGCCUCACCACCUCUCAGCGACACCUACACACGCCCAACAGCCAGCCCCAUCUUCGUCCAGUCAUGGCCAGCUCUCGGUCUGCAGCCCGUGGCGGCAUCAAGAGCAACCCCGACCUCCUCAGCGUCUCGUUCAACCAGGACUCGACCUGCAUCGCGACCGGCUCGCGCAAGGGCUACACCAUCACCAACUGCGAUCCGUUCGGCAAGGUGUACGGCCGCAGUGACGGCGCCACCUCGAUCGUCGAGAUGCUCUUCUGCACCUCGCUCGUCGCCCUCGUCGGCGCAGGCGACCGCCCGGCUUCGAGCACUCGCCGCCUUCAGAUCGUCAACACCAAGCGGCAAUCGACCAUCUGCGAGUUGACCUUUCCGACCACGAUCCUCGCCGUCAAGCUCAACCGGCGACGACUCGUCGUCGUCCUCGAGGAGCGCAUCUACGUCUACGACAUCAGCAACAUGAAGCUCUUGCACGAGAUCGAGACGAGCCCGAACCCGCAAGCCAUCUGCGCCCUGUCGCCAUCGUCCGAGAACAGCUACCUCGCGUACCCGUCACCGCUCCCGUCGCCCGCCACGCCUUUCUCGACGACCCCGCCUUCGUCAUCGAGCGCGGCGAGCAACUCGUCCGGCGACGUCCUCCUGUUCGACGCCGUCUCGCUCUCGGUCACCAACAUCAUCCAGGCGCACAAGGCGCCCGUCGCUCAUGUCGCGCUCAACAGUGCCGGCACGCUCCUCGCGACGGCGAGCGACAAGGGGACCGUGAUUCGCGUCUUCAGCGUCCCCAACGGCGACAGUUACCCGGCCAAGAUCUACAGCAUCGCGUUCAACGCGGCGAGCACGCUCCUGUGCGUCAGCUCGGACACCGAGACGGUCCACAUAUUCAAGCUCGUGUCGGGCUCGAGCGGCGCCGCAGGCGCCAAGGGCAAGGCGGCGGCGCCCGACUGGGACGAGCAGGACCGCUUUGGGUCGGCCGCGAGCGGCGCGCGCAACGGCGGCGACGGCGCACUGCCGGGAGGGUACGAUGCCCUCAUCGAGAGCAAGCGCAACUCGAACCAGGGCGGCGUCGGCGGCACCCUGCGGAAAAAGUCGCUCUCGCUCGGGCGCGGCCUCGCCGGCUCGGUCGGCGGCUUUCUGCCCGGCGCCGUGACGGGCAUCUGGGACCCGCAGCGCGACUUUGCCUACCUCAAGGUGCCGACGUCGGGCGUCAAGAGCGUCGUCGCCCUCUCUGGCACGUCGCCGCAGGUCAUGGUCGUCACGUCUGAAGGCGUCUUCUACUCGUACGCGAUCGACCUCGAGAACGGCGGCGAGUGCGUCCUGCAGAAGAGCUACUCGCUCCUCGACGGUAUCGGCGACGACUCGAACGGCUCGCCCAUGGGCGACUGAGCCUCUCGCCGUCGACUCGCUUUCGCCUCUCUCGCAGUGUCCACCCGUUGUACCGUAGCCUCCCUUCGUAGUAUCACUGCAGUCUCCGUUCCCGCAGAC